AUGCCAGACAGCCUCAACCACGGGAAGGUGGUGUACAAGAAGCAGGAGAAGUCCCGAGGGCUAGACGUCCUGAUCUACUUCUGGGAUGAGCGGGACGGCAGCAGUCUCGGCUGUCUUCGGUUUCUGCCUCCGAAGGUCCAGAACUUUGUGGCUGGUGGUUCGGUCCGAACGUCGGUGGCGACCAGGUCUGGGCCUAUCACCCAAGCCGAACGGCCGGCACUCCGCCCGGCUCGGAAUGGAACGUUCCACAUGACGGAGAUGUCGAUCCCAGCUUCACAGUCUCUGCCAUGCGUGCGCCGCCCAGGUACGGCUCCAUCGCAGCCUCCUGCAGGCGAGCCCAGCCCAGACCGCUCCACUGCGCGGAGCCGGCCGAGGGAGGCAGCCAAGAGGCCGCCGCCUGAGGCCGAACCUGCGCCCGAAGGGCAAAGAAGGGCUCAAGAGGAAGAGCCUCCCACCUCUCGACCACGUCGCCAAACUAGAGACGAGCGUGGCCAGAAGGAUAGCUCGCAGCCGCCCAAAGAGGAGCCGAGCGUUGCACCAGCUACCAGCAAUUCGCAUGCCUACUUUGUGGACGCCUACAACCGUCGACGGCAAGAACGUGCUCGUAGGGAAGAGCAGCAGAAGAAGGAGGAGGAGGAGCGUCGGCGAGAGGAGCCGAAUCACGCGACAGCUGCACGGCGCGGAGAGCCGCGGCGGGAAGAGUGGCGAGAAGAUAGGCAGCAGCAUGAUGAUCGUCGCGACGAUCGGCGUGACGAUCGACGCGACGAUCGUCGCGACGAUCGCAGAGACGAUCGAAGGGACGAUCGAAGGGAAGAACGAAGAGACGAUCGAAGGGACGAUCGAAGGGAAGAACGAAGGGACGAUCGAAGGGAAGAUCGAAGGGAAGAACGAAGGGACGAUCGAAGAGAAGAUCGAAGAGACAAUCGGCGCGACGAGCAUGAAGAUCGUCGCGAGGAGCCUCCACAAAGGCAAGUCGGUAGACAGAUUCAGGAGGUGAAAGACCUCGUGGCCCGCGAGGCUGAGGAAGAGCAGCGGCAUGUAGAGGAAUUGAAGCGGCGGGCGGAGGAAAGAAGACGGCGGGAGGAAGAGUUCCAGCGCAAGAUGCAGAGCAUCAUGGAAAAGCCCAGAGCGUUCCACACCCGGCCGUGCACUAACUUAGUUGCCAUGGCGCACCGCCCGAGUGCCGCGAAAGCAAUGGCCGCCGGAUGCUGCGGAGCUCUGGCGUGGACCAUUGCUCCCAGCAGCCAGAGCACUGGCUUCGCUGUGACGCGGGGCGCGCAGACGGGCUUGGACCGUGCGCAGGUUCUGCAGUGGCCUGCACUUUGGUCGCUGGUGUCAUGGUGGGUGCAGCGACGAGGUCCCAUCCUGACAUUGGGCACGCGCGGCUCCCCGCUGGCCUUGGCACAGGCCUACGAAGCCAAGCGGCGUCUGGGCGAGGCGUACGAAGAGCUUGCUGCAGAUGAUGCGGUGGAAAUUCGAAUCAUUUCGACCACUGGUGACCAACGAUUGGAGAUCUCCUUGGCAGAGAUCGGCGGCAAGGGCUUGUUCACGCGAGAGCUCGACGUUGCGCUUGCUGCGAAAGAGGUCGACUUCUGCGUGCACUCCACCAAGGAUGUUCCUACCGAGCUGAUUCCCGACACGGAGCUCUGUACGAUGCUCCCAAGAGAGGACACGCGCGACGUGCUGAUCAGCGGCGACCCGGCCAUCACAUGCAUUGAGGACUUCCCAGAUGGCAGCCUCAUUGGCACUGCUUCUCUUCGACGACAAGCCCAGAUCUACAGCAAGAAUCCCAACGUAAAGUGCGUGAACUUCCGGGGCAAUGUGCAGACGAGGCUGCGGAAAUUGCAGGGUGGAGAUGUCAAGGGAACGUUCCUUGCGUACGCCGGACUCAAACGCAUGAGCAUGGAGGAGCAUGCGACCAAGAUCCUCGAGUGGGAUGAGAUGUUGCCCGCCAUUGCUCAAGGUGCAAUCAGCUUCCAGUGCCGUUCGGAUGACGAGCGUGUGCUGAACUACUUGAAGCCUUUGUCUCAUGCAGACACAUUCCAGUCCGUCACCUGCGAGCGGGCAUUCCUGGCAGCAUUGGAUGGUAAUUGCAAGACACCGAUCGCAGGUCAGGCCAGGGUCAUCGACGAUGAGCUGGUGCUGAAAGGCCUCGUCGCCUCGCCGGACGGGCAAACCAUCUACCGUGUUGAGCGCAAGGGAGCCGUGUCUGAUGCUGUUGCGAUUGGCAAGGAUGCUGGACUUGAGAUCCGGAAAGAGGCCGGCGAGGAGUUCUUCCAGGAGAUGCAGGAGCCGGCGUAUCCUGACCGAAAGGUGCCAAUGAUGGUUGCGCAAGACGACAUGUGUCCCACUAGUGUAGCUUUCAGAGUCACGUGGAAGCGAGGUCGCCGAGACCGUGAGGAGCGUGACCGGGAGGACUGGACCUUGCUUGAUUGCAUGCGGGUUGCAGACGGGGCCGAGAAGGCCGAACGCCACCAUGUAAUCACGGUAUUGGAGUUUGUUGCCGAGGAAGGUCGCGGUGAGAGAGGUGAAAAUCGUGACCGAGACAACCGAGCUCGAGCCGCUUUGGCGCUUCCAUUCUCGUGUUUGUUGAUUCAUUUACACUUCUUCGCCUUCAACGUCCAAGGCAAAGUGGCCCAAACACUCAGGAGCUCCGGGAACGGGAUGGUGAUCGUCGUGACCAGCGUCGCCGACGACCGGGCAAGCAAGCGACGGCGCGAGGAGGAGGACUUUCGCCGAGACGACGACCAUCGCCGCCGAGAGGAGGAGCGCCGCCGCAAGCAGGAAGAAGAUCGCAGACGCCAUGACGACAGGCGGAAAGAGGACGACGCGGAAAGAAAGCGGAGGGAGGAGCAGGACAGAAUAAAGCGAGAAGAAGAGAAGCGGAAGAAGGAGGAGGAUAUGCGCCGGCGGGAGGAGGAGCUCCAGAGGCGCCGCGACGAGAAGCGGCGCCGGGAGGAGGAGGAGCGCAAGAAGGCCGACGAAGAGCGGAGAGCCAGAGUUGCGGAGGAGAGGAAGCAAGACCAGGAGCGCCGCAAGGUUGAGGAGGAGCAGCAAAAGGAGGAGAUGGAGCGCAAGCGCCGUGAAGAGUGGAAGCGCCACGAGGAGGAGAUAGCUCGCCGGGCGGAUGAUGAUAAGCGGCGCGCAGAGGAAGAUCAGAAGCGACGCGAGGAUGAGGCAAAAGUGCUGCGACAGCAGCAGGCCACACUCUCCGUCCUUCGGGUUUUGCAGAAGCUUUCCAACGCCAGCCCAGAGACCUUCGAAGCUCUGAACAAGGAGCUGAACGAGGUUCUGGACAAUGAGUUGCCAGAAACGGGGGCGCAGCAGGAGAUUCUGAAGGCGGAAGCCGACCGGGUGCUUGAAUAUGCCAAGCAGUAUGUAGAUCAGGUGCGCGAGCAGCAACAGAAGUGGGAGGAGCUCAAGCUUCAGCAGCAGAAGAAGCAGGAGGAGCUUGAAGCCAACGCCCGGGCAGCAAUAGCGGAGCUCCAGAACAUGGUUGCAACAGCAGAGGCAGCGGCUGAGGGUACUCACUACACUGCAGCUCCAUUUGCCGGUGACCAUGAGAUGGAAGUGGUGGAGGUCCUCAAGCUGUGCAAGAAGGUCGAGCGGAGUGGCAAGUCCGCGAUGGCCGCGUGCCAGGCUUGCGUGGACACAUUGGGUAGCAAGAAGGCCUCCAUCGAGGAGGCCGAGAACAUCAGAUCCGAGACUUCGGCUGCCAUUUCGGCUUUGCAGCCGCGGAUUCAAGCCGCCACGAGGCUCGUCACAGAUGCCCUGAACAAGGCCAAGGAUAACAGAGAUAGAAUUGCCAAGCGCAUCGCAACAGCCAAGCGGACGGAGAAGAAGACUGCACUCUUUGGCAAGUACGACCAGGAUGGCGACAGCCGGUGGAAUCGGGCAGAAAUAGCUGCGUAUGCGAAGGGCGAGUUCAACUUCGACCUCCCUGCAGAAAAUCUUGACCGAAUCAUGCGGCAGAUCUGCAUGGAGUCAGAAGAAGGCAUCACGAUUGAGUCCAUGCAGCUGGUCAAAGUUGCCGUUGGCAUUGCAAGAGACGAGGAGAAGAGCAAGGUCAAGCGUGAGCUUCGCCUCGAGCGUGAGCGGAAAGAGCGCGAGGAGCGAGAGCAGAAAGAGGCGGAGAUCCGAGCUCGGCUUGCGGCGCACACUUCGGCUUGCCAGGCCCUGAUGGCUGAGCUGCAGGAACUGGAGCCAACCAUCGCUUCUGCGGAGAGAAUGACUGAGGCGAUGGUGGAGGAGGCGAAUGCGGGGAAGAUCCGCGAGGCUGAGGAAGCCAAGCAGAGGCUACAGGUCAUCGAGACGGCGGUCCAAGCCACGCACAGUGCGAUCGCUGCAGUGCAGCUGAAGGCGCAAGAGCUGAGUGCAAAGGUCGCCGAGGACCAAGAGAUGGUAGAGCACAUGGCACCCGAGCUGGCGGCACUGGCAGCCAAGACCGAGAGCCAAGACCAGGCGCUUCGAAAGGCCCUGGCUUCGGCUGGCCAGGCUCGCCAGCUGGCGCUGCACCGUGCCUUUUCUCUGUACGAGGGCCUGCGCAUGGAGGUGGCUGCUAAACUGCGAGUGUGCAUCGAGACGCAGGGUGGAAAGCCCGACGACCUCUACGAAGCCGUGAAGUUGGCUAGUGGUAGAGUCACCAAAGCCGCCAUCAAGGCCUACCUGGAGUCCAAUUCGUCUGUCAUUGAGGAUGCGCACCUGGAUGCGAUGUUUCCCUCGCAGUCUGAACCCUCCGAAUCGAAGGAGGGCGAGAAUGGCAACCCCGAGGAGACCCCGCCCGAGAUCAGCAAGGAGGACUUUAUGCACGUGAUUCGGAUCUUCUACAAGGUGGUGAAGGAGAUUGUGCUCUCUGACAACUUGCUGAUCGAGCAGAGUGAGCAGCUGAGACGGAUGGACGUUGGCGAAGUGAUGGAGGUCUUCCAAGGUCCGAUGCUGGAUCCAUCUGUGGGAGUGUACCGGAUUCAUGGCAAAGCCCUUCGAGAUGGCAUCAUUGGCUGGGUCACGGUGGCUGGCAACCAAGGGAUCACCUUCCUCAUGCCGGGAGGCAACCUCUUCAAGGUGAUCCGGCCUUCUCGGCUAACAGACUUUCCGGACGACCUUGAGGGCGAACAGGGUGUGAGGCAGCUCAUGGAAGGGGAGAUCAUCGAGGUCGUCGCAUGGCAGCGCGUGAAAGAGGGCACGCCAGCUGCGGUCACCCGACUGAAGGCUAAGCUGCAGGGUGCCAAUGCGACUGGAUGGAUCUCGAUGUCUGACAGUGGCAUUCCGAAUCUUGAGGUUCUCUGA